UUUCUUCACUGACAGUGUCAGUGCAGAUCAUGUCUCAGUGAUUUCACACCUUCUGCUAGCGGUGAAUGGACGCCUUUUCUCUGUAAAACGUGACUGCACGUUUUUGUUUUUAAAAAGAACUCUCUGUUGUGUCUGAGAUUAAGCGAUACAGUCGCGGCCUUGAGCUUGUCAAGGCAUGGCCACUUCAUCAAGAGGAGCUCCUCUUCAGCUACCGGCAGCUAAGAGUGUGAUAGUUUACCGAAAUGGGGAUCCGUUCUUCACUGGCAGAAGGUUUCUCAUCAACAAACAAGUCUCCACCUUUGACACUUUCCUUAACCAGGUCACCAAGGGUAUUAAUGCACCCUUUGGGGCUGUCAGAAACAUCUACACCCCUAAGGAGGGACACAGAGUCUUUGAUCUGGAUGAUCUGGAGAAUGGAGGCAGCUAUGUAGCGGCAGGAGUGGAAAAGUUUAAAACGCUGGAUUACUUGCAAAUUACAACAAAGAAGCCACAAAAAAAGACAAACGAAAUGAUUCGUCCAGUUGUUCACAGCCGAAUUCUUGUUUCUGCACGAUGGAGAAAAUACAACUAUGAACCAUGUACCAUCAACAUUUUUACCAAUGGCGAUCUGCUCAUUCCCCCUGUGAGAUUGCUUCUACCAAAAUAUACUGUCCAAGACUGGAAUCGUGUCCUUGCCUUGAUCACAGAGAAAGUUCACUUACGCACUGGAGCUGUUCAAAGACUCUGCACAUUAGAUGGAAGAGCAUUGCUAGGCGCAGCUGAAUUAGAUAACAACAAAUAUUAUGUGGCCGUGGGAUCAGAGAAAUUCAAGAAACUGCCUUAUUAUCAAGCCUUGUCAAAGAAAAUUACAGGUCGAGAGACUCAAGGAUUUCACUCUGAUCUGCUUCCUCCAAUCAGAAGAGGCCGAAAGGGCAGGGGAAGGUUUGAACUACAGCAGAUUUCUCAUGGUGGAUCAAGUGAUUCUGGAUUGUUGGCCUCUCCCCAACAGUCUGAAGGUGAUAGCUCCCAUUCUACAACAGAUGGACAAGUGGGACCUCCCCAGACAGUGCAAGGGCAACCAAAAGACCUGGAAGCAAAGCCUUCCAGGGAGAAAAACUCUAUUUUUCGUGCAAAACCCAUGAAGGUCAAACACCACAAACAUUCAACUGAUCCUUUGGCAGAUUAUGAAGACAAUGGUGUAUUUAAAGCUCAAGACACUCGCAAAGAAACCCAAGGUGCUGCUGAGGUGAGAGAAGAUGCAGAUAUGAGGGUGGAUCUACCUAUUGAUCAGAUACCUGCUGAAAUUGUGCAUGAGGAAGAAAUACCAUCUUACGAUGAUACGGCAUUUACAACCAACCACAAAGAAGAUAUCUGUUAUGAAGUGGAUGAUUAUGAGAAUAGAAGAGAGCAGUGGAAUGACCCUAAUGGAUGGACGGGAGAUGAGGAUGGCCUAGUUGAAAAUGUGCAAGAAUACAAUAAAACUAAAGAGGAUAGCCUGUCCAAUAAUAUUGAUCAUAAUACUACAAUACUUGGAAAUUCAAAUACACUACCUUCAGGAACAGAUGAACUUCAUAGCGAACAGGAGGAUUCAAAGAAAGAAGGCUCUCGUCCAAUCCACGAUGGCAACAUGACAGGUGUGACUUCAGAACAAAGGAGCUUACAAUCUGCUCAGAAAGUUCCGGUGUCACAUGAAUCAGAAACAUGUCAGGAGCUGGCAGAGAAACAACAGCAUAUUGAUGAAGUCUCAGAGUUAGAAAAGGCACCAAGGGGACAGGAGAAAUUCAGAAAACUGUUUGGAUUUCAUUUCAGGAAGUCAGCAAAAUCCAUGGAUGGUUACAAAGAUAACAAGUGAGGAUAGUAUCCCCUGUUCCACACCCUAGAUGAAGCACGUGGGUUAAACAUUCUGUAAUGAAGUCUUUGAAUGAAAAGCGAAAUGACAUCUUGAAGAGACAUUUCCAGCACUGGUGGGCAACUGUCCUAUAAAGCCAUCAAUACGCAUUUAUAUGAAGUUGCAGCUUUCAGAUGCUCAUUAAUAUGAUUAUUUUAAAUGUAUUAAUGUUUUGAAACAACAAAUCAAGCAGUUUGUACACUCCAGAUGCAUCUUGACUAAUAUAUUUGUUCGUAACAUUUCAUUACUGUAUAACAGAUGAUAUAAUUUUCACUCUGUAUCGUGGUGAUUAGUUCUUUUUUGUAAUUUUCUGAUUAAUUAAAUCCGUUUUUGCCUAAUCAGCAGGCUAACUGUUAAAUAUAAUUGAAUUUGCAAAAAAAUUACAGUCUCAGGAGAUGAAUUAAAUUGAUUACAUUGGAAAAGAAUAAAAUAAUAAGUUGCAAGUAUCUAAUCAGUGUAACCUUCUUCUUUGUCACAGUCUAAUGAAAUUUAUAAAUAACAGGAAGGAUUUUGUUACAUACUCCACUAUCUUAAGGAUUGCAAAAAUACUGGUGAAACAAAUUAUCUUAUCAUGAAAUUUUUUUGCUAAGCAAUGUUUAUUAGAGCCUUUAGAUUGGUUUAACUUUUGAAUAACCUUGUUAAAGUUAAAGAAGAAUUUAAGUCUCAUAGAUCUUUCUACAGUGGAUUCACUGUUGAAUUGAAAUGCAAAACUGCGUCCUUCACAACAAAGCAAUAAAUGAAGUUUGGAAAUA